AUGGAGCUGGAGUCAUCACAGUCGUACGCCAACUUCCGCGCCUGGUGCCCGCGCAAGCAGGUGAGCAUCGGCGUCAACCACCCUGUCGAUUGGAGCUACUACGACUGGGGCCCACGGAGCUACCCGGAGCCUAUCGUGUGCCUACACUCAGUCCUAGGCUCUGCCGAGUGCUUCUUUCAGCAGAUAAUCUCCAUCGCCCCGCGCGGCUACCGCGUAAUCUCGGUACAGAUUCCCGCCUACUGGACCGUCUCCGAGUUUUGCGACGCCUUCCACAACUUUGUGGACACCAUCCCGCACAGGAGGCUCCACUUUUACGGCGCGGGCCUCGGCGGCUUCCUGGCCAUGCACUACACCGUCCGCAAACCGGAGCGCGUCGCCUCUCUCAUGCUCACCCACUCAUUUCUUGACACGGAAGCUCUCAAAUUCGGCCUUCCGUACUCGGCAGCCAUGCUCCGCUGGCUCCCAGACUUCCUCGUCCGCUCCUCGUAUCGCACCAUUAUGCCCAAGGGCCGCGUGUCUAUCGAAUUGGCCAACGCCGCCGAGCUGGCCAUCGGCCACACCAUGAAGCGAUCCCGCGAUGAGCUUGCGUCCCGCCUCGCCCUCGCCAUGGCCCAUUCCUCCGUAGUCAGCCGCCUGCACAUCCCGCAGACAGCCAUCACCAUCAUCGACACUCUGGAUCGCUCCGCCCCGGCCGUCGAACUUACCCAGCAGACGACGGGCUACCUGCCCGAUGCCCGACGUGCGUUUCUCAAGAGUGGCGGCGAAUUUCCGUACAUCGCCGUCCCGGAUGAGGUUAAUGUUCACCUUGUCGUUCACUUGCGGCGCCAUGCGAAGUCGCCAGUCGUCGAUCUGCCAGUGCCGGUCCCGGCGAAACCUAAAGAGCUGCCUUUGUCAACGCGGCGGCGGCGCGAGAUGGAGGAGGCCCAGAGAAGGGCGAGGGAUGCGCAGGCGAAGGAAGAGAAUGCCAAAAAGGCCCCACCAGUUGCAAAGCGUCCGAGGAAAACAAAGGAAGAACUUCUGGAAGAGGCAAAUGCAAUUGUUGACGCAGAGGAAGAGCAGGACAUAGAUAAGUUCUCCGAGGAGAUUGGCCGUUUACGAGAGUUUUUGCCUGAGCGAGGAGAGGCAUAUCUUGCUGCUGUGCUAAACGAGUGCGAAGGAAGUCUUGACGUGGCCAUCUCAAAAGCUCUAGACGAGCAAUAUGAAGGUUCGUUCUAUGAUGAUGCUAGGUUGCAAGCUGUGGAGAACGUGCUUGGUGGCCUGGAACAAGCGGAAGAAGACAGGUACGCGAACGAGCCCUCUGAAGGCAACAGUCGACUUGCGGAAGACGAGGACCAGGUGGAUGCCGUCGAUGAGAGCCCUCUCGCAGGCGCCAACCCCACCUGCGGCACGGAGGAGCGCGCCGAUAGUAUCCUCGCCAAAUAUAGACAACGGGGUGCCAUUCCACAGGACCCGCUAGCAGAGACUUUCACCCCGUCAAGCAAUGUGCAGGUCGAAGAAGGUGAAGAAGUCGGGGUUCAUCUUUUAAAUGAAGAUGAGACCAGCGAAGAGGCUGUUAACAUGGCAAUGACGCCUCCAGACUCUAGUUUGGCCCCCUCCAACACAACUUCUCCGCUUUCACAGAAAAGCGAUCAGCUGUUAGGUCUAAAUGCGAAUAGCCCUACGAAUUCCACAGUAUCGGUCGUUUAUACAAGGACAGGAGGAUUUCGCGCAAGCGCGGAGAGACCGGACGUGUCGAAUGCCGUUAAUGCGAAGUUGACCGGCCACUUCUCAGCGGAAAAGCUAGACCGGAAAACGACGAGACGGAAAUCGUUUCCUGAAGGCGGAGAUUUUGUGGACGAGUACAUCUUGUCCGAGAAGGUGGGGAUGCGGUCCAGCGGGGCGCUCAUCGGCAGAGGUCCAGCACCUUACAAUAACCAAUCGUUUAUCAGUAACGUAGGCUCGGGAGAGUCGUGGAUGAAGCCAAGCAAGAUUGCCGAGGAGGGCGACGAGGAGCACGAGGCUUUGCUCAAUACUGGGGCAAGUCUUCUGGAGGGGGAAGGGAACCCGUUCGACUUGUCCAGAGAUGAUUCGGGGUAUAGCGGGGAGCAUCGGUCGCGGGAUGGGAGUGCGACACAGUCGCGAAGCAGUACACCGCCAUUCUUGUCCAACCAUGGGAUGGCGGCGGCGCAGGACAGCGGGUUUGUGGCGGCUGAAGGCGAGAUUGUUGUUCACACAGAGUCAGGCGACACGGAGAAUUUUUCGGAAGAAAUGCCAGAUGAAUGGGAGCGAUUCCGCGGGCGAGAAAGCCACGAUGCGACGAAGGGUGAGGGUGUGGCAACAAGCAAAGCGAAGGUGAGCGAAGAAAGUGUAGGGCGCAAACUUGAGAAGGAGUUUGACCUCGACGCAGCGGGAACGGAAGGCCAGGAGUCUGCCCGGUUGCGAGAGUGGGCGAUGUCUGCGCAGGCGGCGUCGCAGAAUGUACACCGAUAAGUUAAAAGUAUAUAUUGUAGCAAGCAAAGUAUAAACAUACAUAUAGUACUG